AUGCGAUUUAAUUCAAAGCCAGAUUUUGCUGAAGGCUUCGGUGGAGAUUUUAGUAGAUUUUCAGAUAGGGAUCCUAUAGAAGUAGACAAUAAUGGUCUUUCCAGUGAUAAUGUAGGAACGAGUAAAUUACAAUAUGGGAUCCCAUUAAGAAAGCAUUGCAGAAAUAAGCCCCUCUGGUAUCCUUUUCCUGGUACUAUCAUUACCACAAAUAUCCCUGCCACCACUAUCGCCUAG